ACGCGGGGACCUUUCCUCGUGGCCAGCUUCUUAGAGGGACUAUUGGACGACUAGCCAACGGAAUUUUGAGGCAAUAACAGGUCUGUGAUGCCCUUAGAUGUUCURGGCCGCACGCGCGCUACACUGAUGAAUCCAACGAGUCGCUUGCCAGGGUGGAAAGGCCCGGGUAACCUUCUUAAGGUUCAUCGUGACGGGGAUAGAUUGUUGUAAUUAUCGAUCUUGAACGAGGAAUGCCUAGUAAGCGCGAGUCAUCAGCUCGCGCUGAUUACGUCCCUGCCCUUUGUACACACCGCCCGUCGCUCCUACCGAUUGAAUGGUCUGGUGAAGUGUCUGGAUUGCGGACGGAGGUCAUGGAAGUCGAAAUCCGCUAAGGAGUGUGUAACAACUCACCUGCCGAAUCAAUUAGCCCCGCAAAUGGAUGGCGCUGAAGCGCGCGACCUAUGCUCGGCCGUCGCAGCGAUUCUGAUGCGCGGGGCCUGCUGCGAAGCGUGGAGCGUGAGCCUAGGUGAAGCGCGUCCCGGUGCAGAUCUUGGUGGUAGUAGCAAAUAUUCAAAUGAGAACUUUGAAGACCGAAGUGGAGAAGGGUUCCAUGUGAACAGCGCUUGGACAUGGGUCAUCUUGAGAGGCAACCUCUGCAGCGGGCCGUGUGCAGGUUCCCUGGAAGGGGACGCCGAAGAGGGUGACAGCCCCGUCGACCGCCGGACCCUGCUGCGCAACGAGGUGUUGUCCAAGAGUCGGGUUGCUUGGGAAUGCAGCCCCAAUUGGGUGGGUAUGGAGGCGGAGGUGCCCGUCACCGGCUCUCAGCUUCGGCACCAUCGUCCCGUAGGUUACGGGGAGAGCUGUUGCGGCUCUGUUGUGGUGUCUUCUUCGUGUGGCCUCGGCCAUGCACGCGCUGCUUACCGUAUGCGAGGGCGGAGACUUGUGGGAUGCGUGAUGCACCCUCCGACGGCGUCGCGAGGCUGGGCCCGUCAUCCGCCCGACUUCUUGGAAUGCGCGCUUGUGCCCGUCGUGUCUCCCAUCCUGUGGUCUCGGUAUGCUGCACACCGUGACGGAUCGCGUUGCGUCGUGGUUCCGCUGCUCUUGGGUUGUGGGCUUCGAAGGCUUACUGUCCUCUGUCUCCUGGGUUUCGCCUGCGUCGAGUGCUGUUGGUGNUCCUCUGUCUCCUGGGUUUCGCCUGCGUCGAGUGCUGUUGGUGGUGCCCKCGGCAACCGGCGGUGCGCGACCUAUGCUUCGUCGAAUCAAUCAGCCCCAAAAAUGGAUGGCGCUGAAGCGCAAUACCCAUGCUCCGCCGUCGCGGCAAUUCUGACGCCGCGACGAGUAGGAGGGCACGGGGCCUCCUUCGAAUCCUGGAGCGUGAGCCUAGGUGAAGCGGGUCCCGGUGCAGAUCUUGGUGGUAGUAGCAAAUAUUCAAAUGAGAACUUUGAAGACCGAAGUGGAGAAGGGUUCCAUGUGAACAACGCUUCGACAUGGGUUAGUCGGCCCUACGAGAUGUGGAAACCUUGUAUCAAGCGCGCUCUGCGCGCCGCACAUCGAAAGGGGGUCGGGUUAAUAUUCCCGAACCGGGUUGUGGAGGUGGACGGUAACGUAAGCAGCUCCGGAGAUGCCGGCGGGGGCCCUGGGGGUGCUCAGCAGAUGGAAGGAUUGGCGGCGACAACAAUUCUGAGGCUGGGGCGAUGGGCGAAGAGGACGCAUCUGGGAGUUUUUGGCAAGGCCCUCGUCCUUAAAAAUUUGGUGUUGUCCACGAUGUGGUAUGCAAGGGCCAUCCACAUGCCGAAGAGGCGGGUUUUCCGGCUGUUGUGGGCAUCGGUGCAUAGAUACCUGUGGGCGGGAGAUGUGGAAGCGGAGUCGGUAAUCCCCAGGGUGGCUUGGUCGAAGCUCACCCAGCCCAGGAGUCAAGGGGGGCUGGGGAUCCUGGACCCAGAACUGCAGAUGAUGGCGCUUCAGCUGCGCAACCUGCUGCGGUUUUUGUUGGGGACGGCGGGGACAGCGUGGGAGAGCCUUACCACUCAGCAUUUGGCCCUGGCGCUUGGCAUGACAGAGCAAAUGGUCUAAGUGGCGCUGGCCAGCCCAGGCCUCAUUAGCCACGUCAAGAGGAACCAGAUUUGGUCCGCUGCGCUGACAUUGUGGAAAAAGCACCUAUUAUAGCAGGAGUUACCGGUCACCGCUGACGAUGUCUAUAAUCAACUCCUCUUUGACAA